UCAGUGUUACUGCACACAAUUUAAAAUGCCAACAAUGCUAAAUCUAAUCAUUGGGGAAACUUUUAAAGUCAGUCCCGAGACGGCCGAAGCAUGUGGGAUGAUGCGGUUGGUGGAUACUCGAUUCAAUGGUAUUGCAAAGGGCGUAGACAUAGGGCAUGCAUUGAUCUUCGGAAAAAUGCACUGACAUUUGACGAUUGUGAUAUACCAUUUCUGAAUGAGCACGAGCUGCCGGAAAAGCAACGCAUGAUUGAGAUCCAUGGCAGCGCCGACGAUGAAAUGCCGACGGAGGCGCGUGUUGCGGGCAACCAGGCGAACGCAAAUGCAGCUGGCAGUAGCAGUAGUUCAGGGACGCCUUCUGAACCUGCAGCAGCAGCAGCAUCAUCAUCAUCUCAACAGCAGCAGCAGCAGCAACAGCAGCAGCAGCAGCAACAGCAGCAUCAGCAACAGCAACAACAGCCAUUGAAACAAGAAUCCAAAUACCCAGAAGAGCACAUUAAACUUCUCACGAACCUUGGUGUCAAUCGCCAGGAGGCGAUCCAUGCGUUGGACAUGGCGUCAGGAAACCCAGACUUGGCUGCCAGCCUGCUAUUCCAAAACUAAAACUAGCCCAACUUGUUCGGCAUUUUGUUUCCCUUUAUUUCUUCGCUUUCUCCCCCCCCCUUGUUUCUUUGCUCGCUCUCUCUCUCUCUCU